AUGCACAAGUUUUUGGACGUGCUGGUGCGGCAGUGGAAAACGCGCUGGCAACUACGCGCUCUGGAGCCGCCGGCGUCCUCGACGGUGGUGCUUCAGUUCCCGCUGAGCGCCGACCCGAGACAGCGAGCUGGAGUCGUGAUCUCCACGGAUGCAAGUGCAGGUGGUGAAAGCGAGGCCUACUGGACUGACGGUAGGGCGUUUCAAGGGUGUCUGAGUGUUCCCGCCGGCCGUUAUGCGAGCAUAGCGGCAGAGACGCAAGCGCAGAGAACAACACAGCACAAAGAGCGUUUAUCCGGCUUUGUGUCCGCAUACUACCCGCUUCGAGUAGACCUCUCGGACUAUGACUGUUUCCGUUUAUAUUGUCGGGAUGAGUCAGAGCGAGGGCGCCUGUGGUUGUUUGGUGUUGCAACCGAUAGCCCGAUCCGCGAGCGCUCUAUCUUUUACCGGCCGUUUCGCUUGGAACCAGGUCCGUCGUCGACGUCGUGCACAGCAGUGGAUAUGCCUUUUUCUGAGUUUGCAAUGACCUAUCGCGGCCUCGUGGUAGACUCGUCGGAAGGCAUGAACACUCGACGAAUUCAGGGCUUUUUGGUCACCCUGAUGGAUACGAAUCCGGGUCGCUUUUCGCUUGUGAUGGAUCGUCUCGAGGCAUUUCGGCGUUCCGCAUUCGAGACCAGCUGCGGAACGGAGUAG